CGUCACGGUGGUGGUGCGGCUGCUGCUGUUUCAAGAUGGCAGAGGUGCGCGAAUCGCUCGGCACGGCGGCGGCUAGGUUAUCUGCCGAAAAAGCGACGAUUGCUGAGAAAAGUCGCGCCCGCCGAGCGGUCGACGCAACAGUGGCAGCCACGAUGACCAAAGUUGCGGGGGCGGUUUGCCGCCCCCUCGCCUACCUGGCUGACGAGGGGCUGGUGUUUGAUGGAGCGGCGGCCGAAGAGGCCAGGGACGGCGAGGACGAUGACAACGGUGGCGGCGAGCCCAAGAAGAGGUGCUGCGGCGACCGAUACGACAGCUCCGAGAGUUCAGACAGUGGGGUGGUGGUUCUGAGCUCGACAGACUGCAGCAGUUGCAGUUCGUCAGGAUGCAGUGGACACAGCGACAUCACAGAACCAGGGUCUCCGUACUCAAGUCCGGGGCCUUGCGCGGCGCCGGGCAGCCCUGCCGACGACGACGACGCCUUCCUCCGCACCGGCAGCGAGAGCGAGGACGCGCCCUCCCCCACAGCAGUCGACCCGCGGCCACCAGAUCCAGACUGGCCGCCGGCCUUCGCUGAGGAGGACAGCAACCCUCGCAAACGGCCGUACCCGUGGAAGGGUGUGCAGAUCGCCAACAAACGGAUGCGGGUCGAGGACGAAGAAGCGGCGCCGACGCCGGACAACAACAACCAGACUAGGAGGAAGCAGUGGGCAGGCGGCGCCAACAGCAAGGUGGACGCCAAAGGACAGAUCAAGAUCACCGAGUACUUCAAGACGCAAGUCAAGCCUAAGAAUGGAUUCAAGAAGGAGCUCGACGUCAAACUCUUCCCAGCACAGGUGAAAGAGCUGCUGUUGGAUUCAAAGCAGCAGCUGAAGCUGAUAAAGUCUUCCAUAGAAGAGGAGGAGGAGGACUGGAGCAAGAACGGCGCCAGUUACGUCAAAUCGCGCACCACUGCCUUCAUCAAAGGCGAGGCAGCCGCUGUCGUCACAGAGCCCCCUACGGAUCUCUUGACCACGGAGGCCGCCUCGAACACCGUGCUAGACUUGGCCAAUGAUGUUUGCGUCGCCGAGACCACGUCGACAAUCAAUGUGAUCAUAAAUGAAGGCAGCUUGGAACUGGAAAAUAAGACUGAAUCCAUGACUGUGGCUCCACUGUCUCCCAUUUUGUCUCAGCCGAGGGUUAUUCGGUUUCCAGUGGUGUCCAGAAGCACGUCCGCGGACAAGAGUCAGGUGGAGGUUGAGUCCGUGAGGUGUUGCUGGAAAGACUGCCAAGGAGAGUUCAUCUGCGGCUCCAAACUGCUAGACCAUCUUCAGAGCCAACACGUCAACACUCAGACGAAUGGUGAGUCGUUCAAGUGCAUGUGGGUUGGUUGCAAGGUGUUCGACAAGACGUCCUGCUCACGGUCAUGGUUGGAGCGGCACGUGUUGACCCACGGCGGCAGCAAGCCAUUCAAGUGCAUUGUGGAAGGUUGCGGCCAGCGGUUCAGUACGCAGACCGUCCUCCAGAGGCACGUCAACGGCCACUUCAACAGCAACGGCGUGGCCAACGGCAAUGGCGCCGUCCGGAAGAGCCUCGAGAGCGCCUCCAACAAGCUCUUCAAACGCAACGGAAAGAGGUUAAGACUAAGAAGGCAGCCCUGGUCAGCACGAAUGUUCGACUACAUGGAUGCGGGUAAAAUGGAAGGCGUCACUUACCGCUUGAUGACCUUCACCCAACAACAAGUGGCCAACACGAGCAACGAGGAACAACUGAGGCAGAUUGAAUCAGGAAGGAAUCUGGCUCUCCGAGGAGAGAUUGUGGCCAAAAGAACUGAGCUGGACGGCAAUCGCAAAGUCCUUGUUCACUGGCACCCAGAAGAAAUCCUACCAGAUGAAUGGCUUAAGGAAAGUGAAUUCUCAGCCACAAAGGUUGUGCCCCUGUCUAGCAUCCCAGCCGCUGGUGCUGUGCAACUCCACCACUCGCUGCUGCCGACCAACAACAAGGUGUCCCGGCGGCCGCGCAAGGUUCAGCCCAAGAGCCGAAACAACUUGCUCAGCUCUUGACCUUCAAAGCCUUAAAACUAGCUGAAAACAAAAUACACAUACACACACGCAUCUCAGGGUCAAUUUGUAAAAAGGAAAUAAUGCGGCGCCUGGAACCAAAAAGGCGUCUGUAAAUAGUUUUUUUUUUAAUUAAUCGUUUCCGAAGAUGGAAACAUUGGAUUAUCUAAAACCGCGCGCGCGCUGGAUAAAGAGAAGUAAGAAUAGGGAUAGAAAAGGAGAAAACAGCCAGCUAAACCGAUCACUGCCAGUGGCUUCUCUGAGCUUCGAUUGACGCUCACAAGCAGCGCGCAGCCUCGAUGUUACGGAGUUGUGUCUGUACAUAGCCUUUUUACUUUUGAACUCAUGUGAGUCGAAGAUUGAUUUAAUUUAUUAUUAAUUACAUAACUGAUUCGCGCCCCUUUGUCACUGAAAAUUAUGUACGAAAAUGAUUUCCAACAAUCUUUCACUGCCACGUUCUCACUGAAUGAAAAUCAAUUAAAAAUCUGCCAGCCUGCCUGCCACUAACUACCGAAUCACUGCCAUUUUUCGACGCAAACCACACAGGUGAAAAUAAAUAACCUUCUGUGCCAUAGUUAAAAAUAAAAUAUUCCAUUCGGCCUGAAGAAUUAAAUAGACCAAAAGCGACUUAGUGGGAAGUGCAGGAAGCAAUAGAUACACACAUCAGGCUUGGCGAACCCUAGUCGAAUUUGUCCACGCUCAAAAUUCAGUUUUUUUUUAAUUUUUUUUUUUCAAUUUUUUUGCUCCGGUAAAGGUAAAAAUAGAAAAUUGGAUCGCCAAGCCUGGCAUUAAGUUUGGCCGCGCAUUUUGAAAGCAACGCAAGCCACACAAAGCGAGAUCUCAAGUGCUCAAUGCCUUUGAUGACACGAACACUGCCAAGCGCCCCAGGAGGCGGCCGCCCCCUUUUGCCAGCCGCCCCCGCCAGCAGGGCGCGCCAUCCAUUGCAUAAUCAAUCAAUUAAUCGCUCGCACACAACACAAAAUAGCCCACCCGCCUUUUCUACGCUGAAAUGGUACAAAAUUUUGGAUGUUUCGCCUGCCCCUUUAAAGAAAUUUGAAAAGAAAAAAAUACGUUCGAUUUCGGACCCGAAUCUCGCUUGAAUCCGAAACGAAGCUUUUGAUCUCCCCGCCCUCGACGCUCCGUCUGCACUGGAAGUAGCGAUAAGUGAUUUUCCCCAAACGAUCCGCUAAUUUCUCGUCGCUACCGACUGACUUUUGACGGAGUUCGGAGUAAACACUGCGAGGAAAUUGAUAAACGAGGGCCCGUUGGUCAUUUGGUGCUCCGUGUUUUUAAUUUUAAUUGUCAGCACUGUCGUCCCCUUCCGCGUUCGGUUUCUUUAAACCUUCAACGUGUAGAGAGUAAUACCCUCGAUGUGGUAUUUUUUUUUUU